AAGGGGGGAGAGGCAGCCGCCGCCGCUGCUCUCCUCCUCUCCUCACAAAUGCUGCUGGUAACAAAGACGAGACAACAACGAGGCCGGGUGCUCACACAGCCAGCCUUCCACCGCGACAUCAAUCAAUUAAACCCAGUUUCUUUUCUGAGACUUUUAUUUUACUUCCCAACGGCGGUUUUACUUUUCCUGGAGAGGACUUACCCUGAGCCCGGUAAAAAACCCGAAUCUUAGCCGCACUACAGCAUGUUGGACCGCAGACAGUAGACCCGAAUACCUGAAGAGGAUCUCUCGAACGUGCCGGGGCCACUCUGGUGCUGAUGGCCCCCACCAGUUAAAAGUCUUGACUCUUCAGGCUGUGAAGUAACAACAACAACAGUGAACACGUACUUCAGCUGCGAUGUCUGAGCAGGAGACAGCCAUGUCACUCGCCAAAUCAGGACCCAGACCAAAACCAGAUGUCCAUCCUCGAGUCUUUCAGCAGAAUCACUCCUAUACUCCUGCUGACGGAGCAAACACUUCAGGACUCCCUGAAGGAAAGGUCAUGAAAAUGGUCAACAAGAUCUACAAACAGGACCACAGAGAAGUAGAGGAGCGUGCAACUAACGCUUAUACAGAACUCCCGUCAGCUAAAAAGGCUUCUGUGAUAAAGGCCACUGCUCAGUAUCCCACAAACGCAGAGGAGGUCCCGCCGCUGCCCAAGAAGAGGAGCUGCUUUCCGAAGAGCAAGGAGAGAAGUGUGGGAGGAAAGGCAUCCCAAGACAGCAGCGUGGAAGGAGGGCGAUCAGCACCUGACGGAAAGGAGGUGGAAGCUCAGGUGAACGGAGACGAUGAGACGGAGGUGGAGCACGGCCUAGAAGUACUUUUCUGUUCCAACCAGAGCUGCAGCUGCGUGUGUCACCUGCAGAGGCCCGGGAUGAUGCUCAUAUGGGUCCAUGUGGAGCCAGAGACAGUAGAGGAGUGGAAUAAUGUGAAAAAACAGACACCAAAAGUAGAAGAAGCCUGCGAAGAAGAGGAGGAGAAGGAGGAAGAGGAGGUGGACAAGUCUGCUGUUGAAAAGAAGACCAUAGUGAACCAGGCCAAACAUGAUUUCCUGCAGAAUUUGGAAGGUGUGCUCGCUGAGCAGCACAGGAACUCAGACCAGGGUCCUCCUGCUGCCAAGAACACCCCCAAGUCUCCUGCUGUUCCUCCCAAACCCGCUCCUUCACCACCCGUCCAGGAGACAUCCUCACAAGAGGAAGAGGAGAACAUUUAUGAGGUAUAUCUACCAACGGCUGCUCCGGCUCCCCAAAAGUCCACACUUGUGAUUAAAGACGUGCUGAAGUUUCCUAAAAACAGAGCCCAGAAACACCCUUGCCAGCUGAAACCUCGCAGCAACACCUUAGAAUCCAGACUGUCUACCGUAGAACACAAACCAAUGUUUGACGACUCCGUUGACCCGGUCCCACCUAAACUUCUUCCAAAGAUCCCCAAAUUACCCAGCACUCCACCCCCAUCCAGACCCCCACCGCCUCCACCAAAGAAAGAUCCCAGGAGGCCUAGUGACAUUGCCACGGAUUUCCUCAAAACAGGGGAGAAUGGAAAGGGUGAAGGAGCGAGAGAUACCAGGAGGCCCAGUGACAUUGCCUUGGCUUCCCUCCAAACAGUAGGGGAGAACGCAGCUGAAGGAGGGAACGACUCCAGAGAACCGUCUCCAAUCCGCAGGAAGCUUUCAUUCAAAUGGGAAGCCCACCUGAUGAACGAGCCUCUGUAUCAGGUGUAUCGCAAAACCAUCAUCUCAAAGGAGAUCAGUCGGCAGAAGAUCAGCCGCAACAGCAGCAGGACAAGUGACGACUUUCCCGCUGAGUGGACGGCCCAACGGAAAGGAUCUGAGGCGUCUCCUCUGAACGGAGAAAGCAGGGGUAGCACACUGUGGCAGGACCUCCCUAAAGUACAGGAGAGCGGUGUGCUGAAGCAGCUCACCACUAAACAGCUCAAGUACCAGGAGAGCAUGUUCGAGGUUCUGACCUCUGAGGCCUCCUACCUGCGAUCUCUCCGCAUUCUGACAGAACACUUCCUGGACAACCGGGAGCUGAAAGAGACCAUGAUCAUCCGAGACAGGAAGACCCUCUUCUCCAACUCGCUGAAGAUCCGCGAGGUCAGCGAGAGGUUCUUAAAAGACCUGGAGGACCGCAUAUUCAAAGACAUAGUGUUCCCUGACAUUUGUGACAUCAUCCACUACCACGCGCAGCACAACUUCCCAGCCUACAUCGACUAUGUCCGGAACCAGAUCUACCAGGAAAAGACCUUCACAUCGCUCAAGAAGACUAACCCUCAGUUUGCCAUGGUGAUCAGUCACCUCCAGGAGUCACCGCAGUGCCAGCGGCUUCCCUUCAUCUCCUUCCUGCUGCUUCCCUUCCAGCGAAUAACUCGCAUCAAGAUGCUCAUCGAGAACAUCCUGAGGAGAACGGUUGAAGGGACAAAAGAGGAGAAGACGGCCACCAAGGCUUUGGAUUCUGUGUCGAAGAUCAUUGACAAAUGUAACACCGAGGUGGGAAAGAUGAGGCAGAUGGAGGAGCUGAUUCAGAUCUCUGCCAUGCUGGAGUUUGAUAGUAAACUCAAGGCCAUCCCCGUCAUCUCAGAGACUCGAUAUCUGGAGAAGAAGGGCGAGCUUCACGAAAUGUCCAAAGGAAAGACUCUGGUCAACAUGAGGGCGAAGUUCAACCCCGUCCACCUCUUCCUGUUCAACGAUCUUCUCAUCAUCGCUAACAAGAAGGGUGCGGAGCGUUUCGUGGUGAUGGACCACGGUCAUCGCUCCAUGGUGCAGGUUCAGCCUUUAGAGGAAAGCAGCGGCAGCGUCACCUACGAGAACUGCUUCAACCUCACCAUCGUGGAAAACCACCAGGGACGCGCUGUGGAACGGCUCCUCAAAGCCCCCUCACAGUCUGACAUGCACAGAUGGCUGGCAGCUUUUCCAGAUUCCUUCAGCAAAGAUGAGGAGGAAAAGGUGUAUGAGGAGUUUGACUGUCCUCAGGUGCAGUGUGUGGAGCAGUACGUCGCCCAGCAGGCGGACGAGCUCAACCUGGAGCCGGCUGAUAUCGUCAACGUCAUCUGUAAAACCAACGAGGGCGUGUACGAAGGAAUCCGCUUGUCUGAUGGUCAGAAGGGCUGGUUCCCCGUAGCGAACACCAUAGAGAUCACCAACGAGCACGUGAGGAGGAAAAACCUCCUAGAGCGCUACAGGGUCUCCCAGGCUUCCAACAUGCUGAAGGACAACAAGUACCGCUGAGAUGGAACAUGGAGCCCAAAGAACCAAGUGUGGGGGAGGGGGAGGUUUUCAUUUCGACCAGAAGAGACAGAAUCUGGUCCGUCCACAUUGAAUUCAUGUUAGUGAAAUGUAAGAGAUUCCAGUUCUGGAGCCUUUGAUACUGUAAACACAGCAUGGUGCCAUGCAGGUUCACGCAUUCCUACCGGGAAUAUCCCGCCAUAUCCCACCGGGUCUGACCGCCAGGUUUCUGUUCACGUUCAGGGAAAAGCUCCAGACAGCCAGGAAGUCCCACACCACUUUUAGAAAGGUGUCGUCUUGCUGCUCUGCGCUGCAGCGCCCCCUGCAGCCUGCCACUAGUCUACACUCUGGAGAUGUACAUUAUGUUGUAUAUUACUGAAAAUGUUUUAAAUCGGUACUUGCACUUUUAUUGGAGAAAAGAAAUGUCUUGUUUGUACAGGAAGUUCAACAUUUUUAUUAAACGCUGACAUUGAGCGUUCUGAACAGCA